AUGCACAUGUGGAUGACUCUAGAUGUCAUCAAGGCACAUUGUUUUUAUUGCAGAGGGACAAAAAUGAAACUGGCCAUCUUCUGCCUGUGUUUGGCUGGCACAGCCAGUGCUGUACCAUUCCAGUACUUGCCGCAUUACACGGGUAUCAGACAGCAGUUGUCACCUUCACAGGUGAAAAGCCCCCUCAUAGCAGGCUUCCCUAAAGCUGGACUUCCUGGAGGUUACAGUCUGGAAUAUAUUUAUCCAUUCGGAUUUGCUGGUGGAGCAGGUGGACCAAACCCAGAACAGCCUUUCUCCCGUUACGGUUUGGUGAAGGUCUCCAUUCCUCAGCCACCAGGCAGACAGAGCUUAGAAGUCUUCUACCCCUUUGACUUCACUAACCAAAGGGUGGUGCAAAACAUGCCUCCUAUGACAAAUAAUCCUGUUUCACCAGACGUUCUUCCGUUCGGAUAUCCUCCCCAAAGCAUUCCCCAGAAACCCGUGAAUAGCCCACUCUUUGAUACCAACGCUGUGCCAUCUCAGGAUCCACUCCAACCGCUCCAGCAGGACCAACCCACACAGACAAACCAGAUGCCAACAAAGAUGUAA